GCCAAAAGCAAACUUGCAAAGAAGAAAAUCCAUGUGUUUUUGGUUGUAAAAAUUAUAUUUAGGUUUCUUUGUAAAUUCAGUAUUUCAUGAUUAAAAAUGCAGCAGGCACAUCGCCCUGGAAACCUGAAACAAAGUAACAAAUCUCACAAGUCCCGUCAUAGAUCAAAAAGGGGAAUUUCGGCCGCAGUCAAAGGUAAGGUAAAUAUCAAGGAGUUUGUGCGUCGAAAUCGUCAUAUAUUAAAGAAGGAGGAGCGUCGUCACCAAGCGUCGCAGAUACGUAAAAACAAACGUGAGGAAGUGCUCGCUAAGAAACGCGGUCUUGGUGGUAACCGCAACCCGCCGUUUCUGGUGUGUGUCGUGCCGUUGAACGCGCAGCUCGAUGUUCAAUCCGCGCUGGUUAUAUUGAAGACUUGCUCUGAAGGUGCUGUUGUUACUCACUCCCCAAAUGGCAUCUUGCAUGUUGGGUUACCCAACUUCAAGCAGCGUUUUUCAUUCAUCUGCCCUGAAAAAGACAAUGACUUCAGUCUAAUAGAUGCACUUAAAAUUGCAGACACAGUUUUAUUCAUAUGUUCAGCUCUUGAUGAACCAGUGGACGAAUGGGGUGAGAAAGCUCUAGCACUAUCUAUGGCCCAGGGGAUGCCUACCCCAGUGGUAGUGGCCAUGGACAUUGAAGGAGUCCACCCUAAAAAAAGAACAACUGAAAAGCAAAAUGUACAGAAACUAAUAUCAAAAUGGUUGCCAGAUGAAAAAAUCAUGCAAUUAGACAAAAGCUCGGAUGGCUUAAAUGUAUUGCGUCGAAUAGGUAAUCAGAAACGAAAUGUCAUACACCAUAGAGAAAAAAGACCCUAUAUGCUUGCAGAAGAGGUUGAAUACAUACCAGACACUGAAGGAGACAGUGGCACCCUUAAAGUUAGUGGCUACUUAAAAGGUAUGCCAUUAAAUGUAAAUGGUUUGAUUCAUAUCACUGGUUUGGGGGACUUUCAAAUGUCAAGAAUAGAUGGUUUAGAAGAUCCCCAUCCGUUAAAUAUGGGUAAAGAAAAUGCUAGAAGUGAUACUAUGGAUGCAGAAGUUACAAAAGUGUCAGUAUUACAAAUAGCUGAUCCAGCGAAGCAAGAGUCUUUGGAGUCUGAGAAUGUUCCAGAUCCUAUGGAUGCAGAACAGACAUGGCCGACAGAGGAUGAAAUUAAACAAGCCAAUAUGGAUACUAAGAAAAAAGUAAAAAAGAUUCCCAAAGGUUGGUCAGACUAUCAAGCAGCCUGGAUUGUUGAGUCAGAUGCAGAAGGCGAAGGUUCUGAUCAGGAGAAUGAAGAAAGUGAUGAUGAAAAUGAUAACGAUGAAUUCAUGUCCUGUGAAGAGGAUGAUUCUGACCAAGAAGUGAAUGAGCAAGACAAUGAUUUCGAAUCAGUCGCUGAAUCAGAAUUUGGCCCUACUGAUGAAAAGUAUGAUGCAACUAUUGAUACGUUCGAAGAACAUGAAAUGCUCAAAAAAAUUGCAGCAGCAAGAGAAGAUCAGCAGUUCCCCGAUGAAGUUGAUACUCCACAGGAUGUGCCAGCCAAGGAAAGGUUUAUAAGGUAUAGAGGUUUGGAGUCCUUUAGGACCUCACCUUGGGAUCCUAAGGAAAAUUUGCCUGGAGAUUAUGCAAGGAUAUUUCAGUUUGAGAACUAUGACCGGACUAGGACGAGGGUUUUUAAAGAGCUUGAAGAUAGUCUCAUUAAUAUGUAUGGCUUCUAUAUAACAAUCCACGUCAAAGGGGUACGCCAAGACCUAUGGAAAGCAUACCAUGAAGCUAAUGCCAAUGCUCCCAUAUCAGUAUUUGGUCUCCUACCGCAUGAACACAAGAUGUCUCUGAUGAAUGUUGUGUUGAAACGCACAGGAGUGAGCGAUGAACCGAUCAAGAGUAAGGAAAGGUUGAUCUUCCAAGUUGGGUACAGAAGAUUUAUUGUGAAUCCUAUUUUUAGUCAGCAUACCAAUGGAAGUAAGCAUAAGUAUGAGAGAUUCUUCCAACCUGGUUCAACAUGUGUAGCGACUUUCUAUGCACCUAUACAGUUCAGUCCUUCAACAGUUUUAUGUUUUAAGGAGAAAAAGAAUACAAAACUACAGUUACUUGCAUCGGGUGUGCUUCAGUCGUGCAAUCCAGAUAGAUUAGUUGUCAAGAGAAUUGUGCUUUCUGGACAUCCUUACAAGGUUAACAAGAAAUCAGCGGUCAUCAGAUUUAUGUUCUUCAAUAGAGACGAUGUCGUAUACUUCAAGCCGUGCAAGCUUAGAACGAAAUACGGUCGAACUGGACAUAUUAAGGAACCUUUAGGAACUCACGGUCAUAUGAAGUGUGUAUUCGACGGUCAGCUGAAAUCUCAAGACACAGUGCUUCUCAACCUGUACAAGCGAAUGUUCCCCAAAUGGACCUACGAAGACUGCAUCGUCACAGACAGGGAUGGUAAAGGAAGCGAUGUUAUGGAGUGAUUUUGUAAUAAAUGUAAAUGUAAUAUAAAAAACUGUUUUAUGUCU